AUGGAGAAAAACACAAGAGAGUAUCUGAAAGUAACCCAACAAGAUACAGAAUGGAUUACCCGACUCAACAUCUCCCCGCGACAAAAUGAGUACUCAGACACAUUCUAUGAUUACUUUUCACUAAAGGGUAUACGAGUAGAUACAUUGCAGCCCGGUUCCAUAGCUUGCUCCUUCACAGUUCCAUCGCGCCUUACUGAUAGAAAUGGAGAUUUGGCAGUGGGUGCAAUUGCAAAUAUAGUAGAUGCAAUUGGUGGUGCUAUGGCGUACGAAAACGAUGCACCUAUGAAAUUUUCGGUGGAUAUGUCUAUUUCUUAUCUUUCUAAGGCCAAGCUCAACGAUGAAAUGGAGAUUAGUGCAAAGCUUAUAGGUGGAAAAGGGGGAUAUGCGGGUACUCUUGUCGUUCUAAAGAACAAAUUAACCGGAGAAAUUAUUGCUGAAGGACGACAUUCGUUAUUUUGUAACCCGGCGAGUAAACUGUAA